AUGUGUGGGUGCACACUGUACGACUCCCCAACAUGCGGGCAUUCCUGGAUCUCCAUGAGCCAGCCUUGCGGGUUCCUCUCAGAUCUCCUCAAUUGUCCCUAUCGACAAACAUACCAGACCUUGAUCGCACCACACUACACUUGUCCUAUGUGCAACGGUGGUUUCGCAGAUCAAGAAACGAUGGAGAUGGUUCAAGGACCGUGGGGAUGCAAUCAGAUGAUCCGAUAUCACGUCGGUGGCAAAUUUGCGAUUCCUGGGCAAUGGGGUAACGCGCCAUUGAUGUCAAGCGGCUGGGGCGGGCCUGCCAUGACUUCUGGUGCUGUGGUGCAUACGAAUGGUUUCACGUACGACCACAGACUCACAGGGCCAUAUGGGCCUCGUCCAAUGAUAACCAAUCCUCCAAUGAUUGCUGGUGGACCAAUGAUUUGCGGCGACUACGGCGCUUUCGACGAUGACUACGACGAUGACUUUGGUUGGGGUUUCGACGAUAGGAGGCGGAGGAGGAGCAAACACAAGAGCCACUACAAGUAUCGAUACUCCACCAAACCUGUGACGAAUUGCACGGUCAUGUAA